CCGUCAGCCGUCCAAGUACAAUAAAGCACAACCUGUCCACGUGGACAUGACGGCAGUGACGUCACAGUUCGAGAUGACAGGACUGAAACUCAGGUCAAGAGUUGCCCCACUCAAUCAGGAUUCAUCUGAUCCAACUACAGGUUGUGACAUGUUCGAAGCCAACUGUACCUUCCCUGCAAACCACUGUCCGCUGAUGAAAGGUUGUACUGAAACUUUGGACGGUGACGAAUGUUACUGGUGUAAAAACUUGGUGGGAACGUGCAGCUACAUGAGCGCCACUGACCAAUGUUCCAACACAUCAGCGGGACUGUCGACACUUGAGAUCCAGCUGAGAUUCUCUCGUCGAAGAUGGAGUCACGUGUUUCGUACGUUCGUCCCCAGUGUCGUCAUUGUGGGCUGUUCCUGGAUGUCCUUCUGGCUCCAUCCCAGGGACAUCACGGCACGAGUCCAGCUUUGUGUCACGGCCAUACUGGCGCUCAUCACAAUGGCCGGCAAUCGUAAGGAGCAUGGGAUCACAGUUGUAAGGGCAGAAGAUGUCUGGAUGUGCGGCGGUGUCAUCCUCGUCAUCCUGGCUCUGUUUGAGUCAGUUGCUGUCAACUCCAUACUCCGCGGCAGUGUCUUCAAUCUCUCCUUCCGCAGAACCCGCAGGGGAAGAGUUGGGCCGAUCCCGGGACCUUCCACAGCCUGGGCAGAAGAGGAGGAAACGUCAUCUCCCGAGACUGUUGCCAACAGGAUCGACUUCUUCUCCAGAAUCCUGUUCCCAAUCAGUUUUACUGUCUUUGUGGCCGGAUUCCUUCUCUACUAUUUGGCGUGA